AUGGAUGAUCUCUGUGAAGCAAAUGGCACUUUUGCCAUCAACUUAUUAAAACUGCUGGGUGAAAAGGACAACUUGCGAAACGUGUUCUUCUCUCCCCUGAGCCUCUCUGCCCUGACCGUGGUCUUAAUGGGGGCCAAAGGAAACACUGCGGCGCAGAUGUCCCAGGCACUUUGUUUGAACGAAGGUGGAGAUAUUCACGAAGGAUUCCAGUCACUUCUCAUGGAAUUGAACAAAUCUGGCCCUCAUUACUUGCUCAGAACUGCCAACAGACUCUUUGGGGAAAAGACAUGUGAUUUCCUGCCAGCUUUUAAGGAAUCCUGCCGGAAGUUCUAUCUGGCAGACCUGGAGGAACUGUCCUUUUCUAAAGACACUGAAGAAUGCAGGAAACACAUAAAUGACUGGGUGACGGAGAAGACUGAAGGAAAGGUUUCAGAGAUACUGGGGGCUGGGGCAAUUGGUCCUCUGACUAAGCUGGUCCUCGUGAAUGCAACCUAUUUCAAAGGAAAGUGGAAUGAGCAAUUUGACAGAAAGCACACAAGGGGAAUGACCUUUAAAACCAACAAGGAGAAGAAGACAGUGCAGAUGAUGUUUAAGCAAUAAGCUAAAUUUAAAAUGGGGUAUGUGGAGCAGGUGCACGCCCAGGUCCUGGAGCUGCCCUACGUGGAGGGGGUGCUGAGUAUGCUCAUUUUACUGCCUGAUGACAACACAGAUCUCACUGUGGUGGAAAAGGCACUUACAUAUGAGAAGUUCAGAGCCUGGACAAAUCCAGAAAAGCUGACUAAGGAUAAAGUUCAAGUUUUUCUUCCCAGAGUAAAGCUGGAGGAGGGUUAUGACUUGGAGGCUUUUCUUCGAAGGUUAGGAAUGACUGAUGCUUUUGAGGAAGCCAAGGCCGACUUUUCUGGAAUGUCAGCCAAGAAGAACGUGCCCAUGUCCAGGGUCGUGCACAGGUGCUUUGUAGAGGUCAACGAGGAGGGCACGGAGGCAGCUGCGGCCACCGCCGUGGUCAGGAACUCCCAGUGCAGCAGAACUGAGCCAAGAUUUUGUGCAGACCACCCUUUCCUUUUCUUCAUCAGGCACCAUGAAACCAACAGCAUUUUGUUCUGCGGCAAGUUCUCUUCUCCAUAA